AUGGACGUACAAAAGAUAGCCCAGGCUCUCGAAGAUGUAUCUAUAAGCAAGAAGGACGAAGAGGUCCACCACGAGGUUUUGUUGCCUGCAUCGAAACCUCGCGAUCUGCUGGAAAUAGACGCCAAAACGUUCGAGUUGUUGGCGCUACUCGACCAAUACGAAACACUUGCAGAAGACACCAGAUUGAACUACAUCAAUGGGCACCUCAACUUGAGUAGGGCAAAUUAUAACGGGAAGGGCUAUGGCCGUGAAUCGUGGGAUUUGAGGCCCUACAGAGCUGCCAAAUCUGUGGCAUUGAAGGAGGAGCUUGUCCUCGAGAAUCACGAGUAUACUAAGAAGGGAAAAGCCACUCUGGAGCAGAAACAAGAAGUAGAUGAAAAGAAAACCCUGAAUGGGGUUUCCGAGAAGCAAUUGAAGAACAGAAAGAAAAAGAACGACGAUAAGCCCAGCACAUUCGAAAUCACUGAGCCGGAAUGGGAAGUCAAGGACCCCAUUGCUCAAUUUGGAGGCAUGGUGCCGUAUCAGUUGAGACUCUCCCAGAAGCUGUUUGAUGAGGGCUUGAGCAAUUCGGUCAAGUUGUACAAUUUGCGGGCUAAAAUCAAUUCAUUGGUCUCUCUAAUUGAGCGAGAAAACAAAGCUACCCCAGAAACAACGGCUACAAAGCCUCAGAAGUAG